UGUUUAAUGCUUAUUGUAUGUUUUCCCUUUCAUCCCCUUAGGGAGCAGCAAGAGGAGGAAGAAGAGGAGGAGGCUGCUAAAGAAGAAGAGCAGGAAGAAGAAGGGGAACAUGAAGAAGAAGUCGCUGAAGAAGAGCAUGGAGAGCACAUAGAAGAAGAGGAAGAACGUCCAACAAGACAAAGACCAAUGAUGACACAAAUUGCGCCUCCUAAAAUCCCAGAGGGAGAACGCGUUGACUUUGAUGACAUCCAUAGGAAACGCAUGGAAAAGGAUCUUUUGGAACUUCAGACCUUGAUUGAUGUCCAUUUUGAGCAACGCAAGAAGGAGGAAGAGGAAUUAAUUGGUCUUAAGGAUAGAAUAGACCACCGUAGAGCUGAGAGAGCCGAGCAACAACGCUUCAGGACUGAAAAAGAGCGGGAAAGACAGGCUAGAAUGGCUGAAGAAAAAAUGAGGAAAGAAGAAGAGGAGGCUAAAAAGCGUGCCGACGAUGAUGCCAAGAAAAAGAAAGUAUUGUCCAACAUGGGAGCCCAUUUUGGAGGCUACCUUGUGAAGGCGGAACAAAAGAGGGGAAAGAGACCGACAGGGCGUGAGAUGAAGAGGAAGGUGUUAGCCGAGAGGCACAAACCACUAAACGUCGAAGCCAUGAGUGAAAGCCAACUAAAAGAGAGUGCUAAAGAGCUUACAGACUGGAUGUAUCAGCUCGAAUCGGAAAAGUAUGAUCUGAUGGAGAAAAUGAAGACCCAACGAUACGAGAUGAAUGUUCUUUACAACCGCAUCAGCCAUGCACAGAAAUUCAAAAAAGGAGCAGGGAAAGGACGUGUUGGUGGACGCUGGAAAUGAAGAACUAGAAACUUCCGAUCUUCAGAAAAAAGCACGCUAACUUUACCUAACGCCACUUAGUUAUCCUUUUCUGAUCCUACUGGACACUCCAUAAAGGCCGUCUACAUGUACCCCCUGUUACCUCCUAACCCUUUCAUACACCAGAGGUGAGAACUGCCUCCAAUAGUUGGAUCCAGAAUGAUUGUCCAUCUGACACUUGCGGAGUUCUGGCCACAUUCUGCUCAGCAUUUAUACAUAAUUCUAUUUCACAAACUCGGCUCGUGCUAAAUAAACCUACUGUUCAAAAAA